AAGGGAGAAUUGUGUUAAAUGUGAAAUGCCAUGUCACCUUCGCUUCUGUUAGUACUCUCGAUGAAACCUCUGAACUGAGUGGAGCUUAUCAAUGGCGUCCCAAAUGGCGAUCCUCUCCAGAGCCCGUAAAACCCUCCUCAAAACCCUAAACCACCACAACAAUCCCUUUAAAGCUUCCAUUUCCACCUUCACAUUCCUCUCCCAGGAACCCCAACUCGCCGAGCCCAGCCUUCCCCCGCCAUCUCCCACUCCACUUCCUCCCAACCCUGCCUCAGGGAGCCCGCUCUACAACGAGAACUGGCAAAGCCCCAUCCCCCAGGCUUAGUCCAUCAUUCCUCUAGGAUUUCUGCACCAGUCCUCUUCGUCACGGCUGCAGGCGCUGUCGUAGACGCUGGAUGUGCCGAGUCUGAUGAACGUGUUCGCCAACUGGAUGACGUCGCAGCGGUGGGCGGAUAUGAAUCAGCUGUUCGAGUUUUGGAUUAGGUCGCUUGAUAAGAAUGGGAAGCCGAAUAAGCCGGAUGUGAACUUGUAUAACCAUUACUUGAGGGCGAAAUUGAUGAUCGGCGCCUCGGCUAGGGAGCUGCUGCUGGAUCUGGUGGCGCAGAUGGAGGACUACGCCAUCAUUCCUAAUACGGCGUCGUUUAAUUUAGUGUUGAAGGCAAUGUAUCAAGCCAGAGAGACCGAGGCCGUCGAGAAGUUGUUUCAACGGUGGGUUGAUUCUUGAAGUGGGAGCUUUGUCACGAUUAAUACAAAUACUUCAAAAUAAGAGGUUUAACAUCAAAUGAAAGAUGAGAAGAGAAAAAUAGAGAAGUCUAGAUGAUUAAGAUAGUUUAUUUUAUAGGAAGUCAAUCUAUGUUAAGAGUUGGAUAAUAAGAUACCAACCUUCUUUUAAGUUUUUACAUUAUAACUAUUUUCAUCAAAUAGUAUCAUAUACGUUUCGGGAUAUGUAAUUAUGCAUUUCAUUCCAA